AUACUUCCUUCUUAUUGUGCUGGGGAAAUCUGAUGUUGGCCCCUGAGUCCCGUUAACUUCCCCCAACUCGCCUCGCUUCCUGAGGCUCCUUGCAUUUGACCUGGAGAUUUUUGGCUGUUGUGUCUUCUCCCGGACUGGGUUAGACCUGCGGUGAGAGAUUUAUUUGAAGAAGAACCCCAACUGGAAACAAACCACGACUGAAGACGAGGGAACAGCAACAAGUGAACCAGCCCGAGGACUGAGAGCAUCAACUGGAGAGGACUCUUCCGAAUCGGAGAUUCCAGGAUUCAGUCAGGAGAAAGUUUGGUUAAAAACGAAAAGGAAUUUGUCUCCAGGAAUCUCAAACACGAUACGCCAGUUUUGCUGUCUCUAUCCAGAUAUUUAUACAGUGGAGUCGACCGUCCUUCCUGCUCAGACUGAGGGGAGGGAUCAACUAGGUCAUCUGACCAACUGGCACGCCCGUCAUUUUCGACAGGAGAAAGACCGUUCACCUGCUCACUCAAUGGGAAUGGAUUCACUCGGUCACCUCAAUUGAAGCUACAUCAGCAAUUUCACACUGGGAAAGGACAUUCAACUGCUCUGUGUGUGAGAAGGGAUUCAGUCGGUCAUUCCACCUGUGGACACACCAGUCAGUUUCCAUUGGGCAGAGGAUGGUCAUCUGCUGAAUUUUUGGGGAAGGAUUUACUCGGUCAUCUCACCUAAUGGCGCUCCAGCGAGUUCACACUGGGGAGAAGCCGUUCAUCUGCUCAGUCUGUGGGAAGGGAUUCACUCAGUCAUCCAAACUAGAAAGUCAUCAGCGAGUUCACACUGGGGAGAAGCCGUUCACCUGCUCGGACUGUGGGAAGGGAUUCACUCACUCAUCCACCCUAGUGAGUCAUCAGCGAGUUCACACUGGGGAGAGGCCAUUCACCUGCUCGACUUGUGGGAAGAGAUUCACUCAGUCAUCCAACCUACAGAGACAUCAGCGAGUUCACUCCGGAGAGAGGCCGUUCAUCUGCUCAGACUGUGGGAAGAGAUUCACUCUUUCAUACAAACUGCAGAGUCAUCAACGAGUUCACACUGGGGAGAAGCCGUUCACCUGCUCAGUCUGUGGGAAGAGAUUAACUCAGUCAUCCAACCUACGGCGUCAUCAGCGAGUUCACACUGGGGAGAAGCCGUUCACCUGCUCAGAAUGUGGGAAGGGAUUCACUCACACAUCCCAUUUACAGAGACACCAGCGAGUUCACACUGGGGAGAGGUCAUUCACCUGCUCAGAAUGUGGAAAGGGAUUCACUCACACAUCCCAUCUACAGAGACACCAGCGAGUUCACACUGGGGAGAAGCCGUUCACCUGCUCCGUCUGUGGGAAGGGAUUCAAUCGGUCAUCCACCCUAAAGAUUCAUCAGCGUGUUCACACUGGAGAGAGGCCGUUCACCUGCUCAGAAUGUGGGAAGAGAUUCACUCUGUCAUGUAACCUGCAGACACAUCAGCGAGUUCACACAGGCGAGAAGCCAUUCACCUGCUCCGUCUGUGGGAAGAGAUUCAGUAAGUCAUCCAACUUACUGGUACAUCAUCGAGCUCACACUGGUGAGAAGCCGUUCACCUGCUCAUUCUGUGGGAAGAGAUUCACUGAGUCAUCCCGCCUACAGAAUCAUCAGCGAGUUCACACUGGGGAGAAGCCAUUCACCUGCUCAGAAUGUGGGAAGAGAUUCACUCAGUCAUCCCACCUACAGAGACAUCAGCGAAUUCACACUAGGGAUAAGCCCUUCACCUGCUCCGUCUGUGGUAAGAGAUUCUCUAAGUCAUUCAACUUACUGGUACAUCAGCGAGUUCACACUGGGGAGAAGCCGUUCACCUGCUCAGAAUGUGGGAAGAGAUUCACUGAGUCAUCUCACCUACAGAGUCAUCAGCGAGUUCACACUGGGGAGAAGCCGUUCACCUGCUCAGAAUGUUGGAAGGAAUUCACUCAGUCAUCCCACCUGCAGAGACAUCAGCGAGUUCACACUGGGGAGAAGCCGUUCACCUGCUCAGUCUGUGGGAAGAGAUUCACUCAGUCAUCCAACCUACGGCGUCAUCAGCGAGUUCACACUGGGGAGAAGCCGUUCACCUGCUCAGAAUGUGGGAAGGGAUUCACUCACACAUCCCAUUUACAGAGACACCAGCGAGUUCACACUGGGGAGAGGUCAUUCACCUGCUCAGAAUGUGGAAAGGGAUUCACUCACACAUCCCAUCUACAGAGACACCAGCGAGUUCACACUGGGGAGAAGCCGUUCACCUGCUCCGUCUGUGGGAAGGGAUUCAAUCGGUCAUCCACCCUAAAGAUUCAUCAGCGUGUUCACACUGGAGAGAGGCCGUUCACCUGCUCAGAAUGUGGGAAGAGAUUCACUCUGUCAUGUAACCUGCAGACACAUCAGCGAGUUCACACAGGCGAGAAGCCAUUCACCUGCUCCGUCUGUGGGAAGAGAUUCAGUAAGUCAUCCAACUUACUGGUACAUCAUCGAGCUCACACUGGUGAGAAGCCGUUCACCUGCUCAUUCUGUGGGAAGAGAUUCACUGAGUCAUCCCGCCUACAGAAUCAUCAGCGAGUUCACACUGGGGAGAAGCCAUUCACCUGUUCAGAAUGUGGGAAGAGAUUCACUCAGUCAUCCCACCUACAGAGACAUCAGCGAAUUCACACUAGGGAUAAGCCCUUCACCUGCUCCGUCUGUGGUAAGAGAUUCUCUAAGUCAUUCAACUUACUGGUACAUCAGCGAGUUCACACUGGGGAGAAGCCGUUCACCUGCUCAGAAUGUGGGAAGAGAUUCACUGAGUCAUCUCACCUACAGAGUCAUCAGCGAGUUCACACUGGGGAGAAGCCAUUCACUUGCUCGGACUGUGGGAAGGGAUUCACUCAGUCAUCCAGCCUACAGAGACAUCAGCGAGUUCACACUGGGUUGAGGCCAUUCACCUGCUCAGAAUGUGGGAAGAGAUUCAGGGAGUCAUCCCACCUACAGAAUCAUCAACGUGUUCACACUGGGGAGAAGCCGUUCACCUGCUCAGAAUGUGGGAAGAGAUUCACUCAGACGUCCCACUUACAGAGACAUCAGCGAGUUCACACUGGGGAGAGGCCAUUCACCUGCUCGGAAUGUGGGAAGGGAUUCAUUCAGUCAUCCAGCCUUCAUAGUCAUCAGCGAGUUCACACAGGGGAGAGGCCGUUCAGCUGCUAAGAAUGUGCGAACGGAUACAUUCAGUCAUCCCAACUACUGGCACAUCAGUCAGUUCACAAUGGGGAGUGGAUGUUGUUAAGUAUCCCUAGGUAUCGUUUGCUGUGGACUGUUAUUUUAUAUGAGAGAGAGA